CGUCUAUAAGAACAAUAUCACUCUUGUGGUAAAGACUUUCUUCAAAGUUACACGAUCGCUCUUCGUAUCGAGGUAUUGUAAGUAGAUCGCGAGAGUCGUUGAGUGGUGAGUGAUGUGAUAUAGUGCAGUGGUGUAGCAGAACACGCGCACAGGUUUUGGAUUAAAUUUUCAAAAUGAUCCUUCCCAAAUCAUGGAUGUUCGGCAUCAUCUUCUAUAUCAUACUUCCGGAAUCAAUCCUCGAAAACACUGGUCCAACAUAUGAUACGAGUGACUGGAUACCAAUAGUGCCAGAUAAUGCUAAAUCCACCAACAGAGAAAGCAAAUCUUCGGACAGAAUACUCAAUAUAGGUAUUUCAGAAGAGAAGUUCAUAGGCGAACAAAAAUUACCAGUCAAGAAGACCUACGUUACUCCUCACAAACCGAGGAAAAAUCCUCACAUAAAAAGAUCUCCCAACCAGAGACCUAGGAUCAAAUUGGAACAACCGUAUAGGUUUGAAAACAUACUCUCCCCGCCACCUAAACAACAUGUGAGAGGUUUCCAGCAGAAGAUACCAUAUCAACAAAAUUUUAACCUCCAGCCACAGUAUCAGUUCCAGCUACCUAAACCAAGUCAUAUUGUGAGCCAGGAAUCUUACCACCAACAAUUUCCUUCGAACCCAUCAAUUUACAAUUUGAACAACCUGCAAUCUGGACGAAACAUACCAAACAUACCCAACUACUCUUCAUCACAACUUGGAAUUACGUAUCAACAACAACCAAACCUUAUAAAUCACAUUCCUACCACUAAUAAUACCAAUUUUCAACAUUCCUCAGCCUCCUCAAUAAACCAAGGUUUAUUCGAGACAACUUUAAACCAAAAUUCAAACCAAAACGUUAAACUCCCUUCCCAAGUACCCUCCGAAGAAAAGGACACAGUUCAACUUCUGUAUGUUCCCUUAGAGCAACUUCAGAAACAGCAGGGUAUCGACUCAGGCAUCCUAGACGAAGCUUUCAAAUCACUACAACAGCAAAAACUUGUGGCUCCACCUCCAGAAUCCGAUUUGCAGUUGAAGGAAUCUGAAGCAGCCCAAUCUCGCCCACAACAGAAUAUACAACAACAAAAUUUUCAUCAACAAAAUAUCAACCAACAAAAAUAUAGAAUACAACAAAAUCAACCAACAAACAAGGGGGAAGAACAGGGACCAACGCAGUAUUACGUUUUGCAAAACGAAGCUCCGCAGAAACGACCAGAACAGCCUACUUACUACGAGUUAGUUUCGAAAAACCAAGGGGAAUUGAUUCUUCAAAACAAUCCAAAAACUGUCGAGGUGUCCAAUAAGCAAGAAUAUCAAGUUCAGGCAGAAAAGCAACAAAUAAUCGAAUUAACUUCGCCAGGACCAAUAUCGAAUCAUCAAUCGCAGUAUAAUUCUCCGUUUGAAUAUCAAUUGCAACAAAGGCCACAAGAUCAAUACAAAGAUACCAGAAUUCAAGAUUCUAGGGAUUUCGUCAAAAAGGAGCCUCAAAGCGAUCAGUCUUCUGUAGUUCAAAAUCAACUUUCGCAACCGUUCUCAGUAGAAGCUCCAAGACUUCAACAGUCAUAUAUCGUCCAGAAUCAACCUCAAGCACCUGCACAACAAAAUUAUUUCCAAGAUGCUUUCGAAACCGAUCAGAAAUCCAGGCUUCAAAGCAUUCAAAAAGAUAUUCUUCAGCAAACUUUGCAGGUGGAAAAAUUGCAGAAGCAAAUUCAACAAGGCAAAUCCAUUGAUUUUCGGGGAAAAAACACUUCCCAACCACCAAAGAAGAGAAAACCACAUCAGCCUCCGUUAGCUGUUUAUAUGGAAGGAAAUCAACCAGGAGAUGUUGAUGCUGUUCUCGAAGUACUCAAAAAUGCGAAAUCUAUUGCUGUUCAAGAUCAGAUUGGACCUAAUUCACCUCAAGUGUUCAUUGGUCCCUCAAAUUUGAACGUACCGGAUGGUUUUGCGAAAUUCCCAUUGCCUUAUCUGUCAAACCUUGAUAACAAUCGUAUUCAAAGGAAGGCUCAGCAAUUUCCCUUUUUCGUUGCUCCCUUGAAUUAUAAAGAACCUGAAGGUUAUUCAAAAAUACCUUUACCUACACCGCAUGUAGGCUCCGUUGUGAUCAAACAGAACCAGAUUCAAAAUCUGAACGAUAAUUUUGAAGAGAUCAAUAGACCGGUAGCAAUAACAAAUUACAAAUUCGUGAACCCUUCAUUCGAAUCUGUUGUGGACAGUAAUUCACACUUCGAUGAUAACUUGAAUGCUUACAGUUUGGAAAGUGGUAACCCAAGAGACAACCCGAACAGGCACCUGAAAGAACAAACUCUGCUUCAACAAAUAACUGGAUUUUCUGGAUUCGAUUUUCCUCAAACUCAGUACUUCACGGAAGGGAGACCUAGUGCCUUUGGUCAAGAACAAAUUCCUACACUUUCCAACCAAAAUCCAACACUUUCCAAUCAAAAUCCAACACAUUCCAACCAACAUCCAACACAUUCCAACCAAAAUCCAACGCAUUCCUCUACACCUCAGACGACACGUGAUCAAUAUCUGGAGGAAGCAUAUCGAAAACCAGCAUCAGAAUCACCAGAAGAAGUACAUCAAGAAAUACCCUCAAAAAUAACCUCUCCUCCAUCAAGUAGACAGAGAACUAGGGGCGAAAGGAUUAGAGGCAGUAAAAAAGGUGGUAAUACACCAAAAGAAGUUAAUGAACCAGAAAGAUCUGAAAAAAGCACAGAACGAAAUGUCCCGAAUUUUGAGGCUAAACUUCCAGAGGUUCCAACACCUAAUAUCGUACAGGCCCCAGAAAAAGUUGAAAUAUCUUCACAAAACCCAUUGACACAAGAUUUUCUGAACAGAUUCUCAUCGAACAAUAAUUUCAAUUUCAAUUAUGUAUCCUCCACUCCAGGCUACGCUAUUCCCUCUCAAACUUCAGCAGAAGAAUUACCAGCGAACAUUAGGAAGCUAAAUGUGAAGCCAACUCAGGACAUUACAAGCAUCAGGAACCAACAAGCGAUAGACGCACAGUUCGAACAAUCAAUUCAGAGUUCUCAAAAUUCCAGAGAAAAAAUCACUCCCAAUCAAGAAGAGAGGAGAGUGCAUGUAUAUAAUCAAUACGAGCAGUAUGAACUACCUCCACAAUUAACAAAUAUAAAUCCGAAUUUGCCUGGUCUUAUAAAUGAAUUAGAGCAAGAAAAUCAGUACACAACAUCCAAAUAUGAGACAGCCUCUCCAGUUUCUACAACCCAAAGUACUCCAGAAUACACGGUUAGAACUACAGAAGCCACGACAACUACAACAACAACUACGAGACGACCAAGGGGUAGGGGAAGGAGUAGGUUCAAUAUGAAAACGACAACCUCUUCACCCUAUAGAAGGAACCAGGGCGAAAGAAGAAGACCUAGCAAAACAACCGUUGCAACCACUACUGAGGCAUCAUAUGGAACCAAUGAGUACACAGCAACAAACCAAAAUGAGAGAACGAGGCCACGUACAAGGCUACAAAAUACACUGACUGAAAGAGUUGCUGAAGGAAGCAUAGAAUCGACAUCCACUUCUCAUCAACUAUUGCAACCCAAUACUAGAGUCAUGGACAUAUCACAGAAUCAACCCAAUUAUUUCGUAGAAUUCCAGAGCUCCAUAGCAAAUGUAAAACCUAUUCUAAGAGAUGAAGUUGAAGAACCAAAAACUGAAACUGUUAGAGUCGUUGAACAAUAUCAAUCUCAAAAGGUGACCACAGCUGAAGAACUAGCCUCACAAGUCAGAGAACAGUCACCUAUCCCGCAAAUUUCUGUCACACAACCUGACAGAUCGGAACAAGUGAAGCCAGAAAUCAACCAGAGGCCCUCGGCAGAAGAGAAACCAACUAGAAAAAGAGUCAGAGUACGUGGACGACCGAAGAACAAAUAUUCCUCAACCACAAUUGCCCCAAGAUAUACAUCGCCACCAGAAAAAGAAGAAACUGAAUUCUAUGGGUUCAUUCGACAACCGAAUUUCUCUCAGAGUUCUCAAAUAAGCAACAACAAUAGAAAUGAAGAAAAUAACUUACAUAUCUAUGCACCCACUCAACAGAAAAGCCCUAUUUAUAAUCAGAGGAAUAAUGAACCAAUAGGCCCGUCAACUUCUCGCGCAGAUACAGAAAGUCCUCGCUUUGUGGGAGAACUUAGACCAAAAUACGCAUCCCCAUCGAGAGGUACCACCACGCAACUACCAGAAACUACACAAAGGAGUAGAAUACGUGGAAGGGUAAGAGUUCCUGGUAGAACUUAUGAAAACAAGAGCAGAGCAUCAGAAACUUCAUCCACUGAAAGAAAUUCAAGAGGUAGGGUUAGAGGAAAAAUGCAUUUCACUCCACCAAGAAGUUUAAGGCAGGAAGUAGAAAACGAUGAAACUGAAAACUACCCAGCAUCUUUUCUAAAAAGCAGAGAAGCAGCCACAACGCCAAGCAGCUCUGAAUUCAAAAUAACUGUGAGUACAGAUGACGAACAGGAAGAUCAAAUUCCUUACUCUUCAUUGAACAAGCAUGAGAAAUUACCAACUGAAGACAACCACAACUUUGGAGUCACCCAGGAAGGCUCAAAAAAUCUUAUAUCCAACGAAGAGUAUGAAGCAGCAGCCGAUAAAAUGGAAAUAGUAUCUUUCAGAGAUAAGCAAAGAGAUGCAAAUACAAGAGACGGUUUCAGGGUUGUUAAUUUAGAUCAGUUUGAUACUGCGGAAUCUCAGAACUACAGAACCUUCUUCAACAGUUUGGAUAGUCCUUACAAAGUGAAUGACUUGAAAUCGAGAGAGAUUGAAGAGAGUUCAUCGGAAGCUGCUGUGAAUACCUCAGAGCCAAUAGAACCGGAAAACGCAACGGUACCUGCUGAAAACAUAACUGAAAAUACAGAGAAUGUGUUUCCUACCACAACCGAGAUUUCGGAAUCUGAGAGAACGUCACUAGAUGAUCUCAAUUCAACGAUUUUGGAAUCUGUGAGAGAAACUAUAGGGAAUUCAACCACUCCAAUCUCACCCACAACAACACCAGAUCCAACCAUGGCAACGACUACAGAAGAUUUCAUAAGAGAAACUAAGAACACGUCAGCAGAGGAAUCAACUGAGAGUUUUAUUGUCACAACUACAUUGAACCCUGAAGAAACAACUACUUCAACUGAAACUAAAAUACCGGAACAGACACCUCUGGAUCUGCUCUUGCUUCAAACUUCAACAUCUACAGAAAUAUCACAUGAGACUGAAAUAUGUUAUAAGGGAAGAUGUGUCAAAUCUAAAAACAAAAAAUUCAGAAAGAGGCUGCUGCGUAAAAAAACAAAUGAGACGGACGUUUGAGAUGUGAAGAGCUAUUGUGGAUGUGAUGUGAUAUAGAGAACAUUUUAUGUAUCAUGUUAACUGAGUGUAAUGACAGCCUUUGUGUGUUUCUAGUUAGGUAGCUAUGAGGCGAUUAUAAUUUAUUAUUAUCGAUUUUUUCCUUAUACGGAAUGCCAAAUAAAUUAUUAGUUUCUUAUUUAA